AUUUCAGCAUUUUAAAAAAUCACAAAAAAUCUGCACAGUGUAAACGGUUCUCGUUAUAAGUGGACACUGCUUCCAGUGCAUAUCAAACACAAAUAGGUGGCAGUCUAAAAAAACAUGGGGCGCAGAUUUUCUGAAAAACGACAUUUUUGUGUGUGGACCAACUGCACUGCACUUCGCGACACUUCAAAUCGGUAUACGGUAACGUAAUAUGUGGUUUGGGAUGACUAACGUGUGUAGAGUUACAAAGAAAAACUCGAUGGAGAACUACAGUAAGGCUCGGACAGUGGAGCAGCCGUCUGUCUGUCCAUUCCCUGACCUCCACUCUGACACGCCAGAGGUCCGUGUCAAAGAUGGCAGCAAGAUCCGCAACCUGCUGCGCUACGCCCUGAGCCGCAUGGAGGCCAAACCUCGAGUAGCUGAGGAGGAGAGACAAGCUGUGCCUGAGGAAGGGGGCACGACUGUGGAGAGACAGCAGGAAGCCCCGGCUCGACCUCUCUGCCAACAGAUAGUAUUCACAGCAACCGGUAAAGCCGUAUCCAGAGCCAUUACCUGUGCAGAGAUUGUGAAGCGGCGCUUGAAGGGGCUCCACCAGCUCACCAGACUGUUGUAUAGCACCGUGGUUGAGGUGUGGGAGCCACUGGAGCCUGCCGCCGGCCUCGACAGCCUGACGGUCAGCAGAAACCUGCCUGCCAUCUGGAUCCUGCUCUCCAGAACUGCAUAGCCGGGUAACCAGACACCGGGCCGCUCGGACCCCUUGUGGUCUCAAUCCACUACCAAGGAGGAAGGAGGGGGAUUGACUGGACAGAGAGCGGGACACAGGAGGAAGAGAGGAGGAGGAGGAGGAGGAGGCAGAGGGCGGGGACACAGCCGUCAGACUGGACGGUCCAGAGAGGGGGCUAAAGGACAGAGCUGAUUUAGGUUCUUUCAGACUGCGCAUACGUGAGAAAAGACGGAAACUCCGAGAAGCAAACGCUCAGCGGGAACUUAAUGGACCAGAGCGGCCAUCACCAGCUAUAAAAAUGGUGGGUUCUGUGGAAACCAACCUAAAGAGAUGAGACUUUCUGCAGAGACAGUCCAUCAACAUUUACUCCGCUCGCUAUUAUCAUUAUUAUUACAACUUGACCUCUUUCAGCUUGCAGAGGCUACUUUGUGUAAUUUGAGCUCGACUUCAUUCUUGUUUUUGGAAACAGCAGCUGGCGAAAACAGUCUCAGCUGAAUGUCCACUGGAGCCUUUAACUGUAUCACACAGUCUUCAUCAGUAAGUAAAGCCUGCGUUUUAGUCAAUACAGCUCUUCCAAGCUCCUAAAUAAACUGUUCAAAAUGGAUGAGAAGUGAAAGGCUUCAAAUCGCAGUUCCGCUGCAACAGGCAGGGACUGGGUGAUACAGUCAGCAGCUCCAGAUCGAGAGAUCAAGUGGACCCUGAGUUGAGGCUGCUUUGUUGCUUUGCUGAAGUUUAACUUUUAGUAUUGGAUCAUUUUGGAAUAAUAGAAUGCAGCUGUACCUGCAACAGGAAGACUCAGCCUCCAGUUUAAAGUUCUUAAACAGCUGCAUCUGCAGGGCUCACUGCAGCGCUGCAAUGUAUUUUGAUGAUUUCACAACUCACUCAGCUUUUUUCUGUUAAAUAUGUUUUACAAGGGGGUUGAGGCAACAUAAAGAAUUGACAAUAUCUGCCAUUAAAACCUCUGUUGUCCUUGGUUUUUCAUCCGUUGAAAUGUGGGUGUGCAGGUUAAAUGCUGCGUCUGUGCCUGACAUCUGAGCUCUGAACAUGGUGAUGUGGGCGACUGUGGUUCAGUGGGUAGAGUAGUGAUCUUCCAACCGGAGGGCUGGAGGUUCGAAUCACGGUGCCUGCAGUCCACAUGUCGAGGUGUCCUUGGGCAAGACACUGAACCCCCAAGUUGC